AAGCGAUUAGUAGGACAGCAGUAAUCUGAGCUAGUGUGUGAUCGUUGGUUGGUCUGAGGUGGAGCCUUGGACACAGGGAGGAGAGAAGGAGUCCUACCAGGAGGAGCACACAUAUUCACACAGCCUAAUCCUUACACUGUAAUACACUCAGAUAUUUACAGAGGCUUACAGCCUAUCCUGUGACUGUAUUCACCACACCAAAAGAGAUCCAGUGAGAUUGUGCAAAGCUCCUCUUACUCACUGAGAUCUACACUCUGCUUUCUAUAUGGUGAAAUCCAGCAUCGAUCUUCUAAAGUCCCAACCCGUAUAAUUGACGAAUCAUUUACCCGCCGGCUGCCCAGGACACCCAGAUUUAUACAUGCUCUUCUAUUUAAAAACGACCACUUUACAAGCUGAAUAAGAUAACAAAAAUUCAUUCUGCUAUUCCUGGAAAAUGGCAAUACUGAAGGAUGUGGAAGAUCCUAGAUUUCCUCCGGGGUAUCCUGACUCAUAUGAAUGAUGUAAGCAUUUAGAAAAAGUCUGGAAACGCUGUUACCAUGACAAGGAAUCCUCAACAGUAAACUGUGUCUACCAUUUAGACUGUAUCCGGACAACCCAACCCAACCCAACCCAACCCAACCCAACCUAACCCAGCCCAACCCAAACCAGCCCAGACCAGCCUAAAUUAGCCAGGGGGUUCCUUUCUACAAGUUCCACAAAACAUGGAGGUAAAAGGCGUUGGGGGAGCAUGAUCUAUCGUCCCCAAUCCUCGCUUACGGAACAAAAUGAGGGAUUUCCCCUCCCAACCUCUUCCCUGAGGUCAACCCAGCACAGCACCACCCUGAUAAGUCCGACUUAGCAGGGCACUCGAGUUUCAAUGCUCCACGCCGUUCUAAGAUGAAGUUAUGGAAAAAGGCCAUUUUUGCCUUUAUACUUCUUAGCGCUGCUCUCUCUCUCCUGCUUAUCAUAACAAUGGUACCUGCUGGGUCCAUCAUCACUUGGGACUCAACUAUAUCUGUACAUCCUUUAACAAUAACACCAUUACCAUCAUUAUCCUCAUCAUUAUCAUCGCCGCCCAAGGUGACCAGUCGGCGGCGAGUGGGCAGAGCAUCUGAGGACAUAGAGUCUCUCUUAUCUGAGUUUUCCUACCUGUUUCAGACCUUUACUGAGGGUGAGCUACAGAGGGUCAUCAGGUCACUGGUGGACAGUAAAGUUGGGAGAAGGACCAAGCGGGCAAAAAGUGCAGAGGUCUGCUCAUUGCACCAGGUGGUGCUAACAGUAAGUGAACUGGGCCUAGGUUAUGAAAGCGAUGAGACAGUGCGCUUCCGUUACUGCAGAGGAAAGUGUACGAGGCGCCUCAGCAACUACGACAUGGUGCUGAAAAACCUGAUCCAGCGCAAGGCAUCCGAGAAAGACUUAACCACUAAAGGGGGCAGUGCUAAGACGGAGAGAGCACCCUACAGCCGCUGCUGCCGGCCCACUAAAUACGAGAACAUGUCAUUUUUUGACAAUAAGGCAAAGUUCUUCACCAUUCAGGAUGUGUCAGCCAGAAAGUGUGGCUGUGUGUGAGACUGCAGAGUUUGCUGAUAUGGGACUUGAGAAAGAGUCAAUUAGGUGAAAGUGGAAGGUGAAUCAUGUCCAUGAAAAUUCAUUUGGAGAGUCCAUGCUGAAUCCAUGCAUUUCAUAAUUAAAGCCACAGGCUAGAUGGUUGUGUCCGACCCUCUGGCAGUGCAGAUAGUGGGAAGAUAGAAGGUUGGUGAUAAUGCUUUUAAGGGUUUCUACAGAGUUUGGAGCUUGGGAGAAAAAAGAUGCUUUAGUGAUAUGACCGCAUGCGAAGUAGCAACAUCCAGUGCUGAGACACAACACUGGCCUUUUUAAUGGAUAAUUUUAAAUAGGAAAUUUCCAUAUGGACUAAAGCAGUAUAGAAACAUGUUCUUUUUUUUUUUUUUUUGUAACAGAUACAAUCUGUACAUUCAAGAAUGAAGUUAUCCACAGCUACCUCAUUUGUAUUUGGUUACAGAAAUACACAUCACACCAGUUCCCUUGUGGUCAACUAUUCAUUGAUAUAGAUGUUUAUAAACACCAAAUGCUCAGGUCAAAUACUGAAAAAAAGCAUACACUGCUACUUGAAGUGAAAACCCAUAAACUCACACCCUCAUUUCCUUUGCGCUUGUCAAAAGUACAAUCGAACUUGAUGCAUUUCACAGCCCAAAUACAAAACUGUGUCUUUUUUGAUGAAUCCAAAUUUCAUGUUGUAGGUCAUGAACACUGAUGUCUGAGACAAUUCUGUUGAAGUUUAAAAAUUAAGUUGUUUGUAUUAUGUCUUAUCAAAUUGUUACAGAACUUCCAAUCAAAUGUGCUGCUUUUUAUGAACUGUUGUUACCUGAUAGUUUUAACUUUAAAAGACAUCUGCUCAUGAUUCUUAAAGAUUAUGCUCUAGUAUAUCUAAGGGGUUAAGUGAGACUUGUUGGAUUGUCCCAUAUUUUUAGCCCACUGUGCACAGCAUUAACAUCUAAGUCCCAGUAAGUCAAGUGGCCACAAAUAACUAAACAGAACAGUUAGAUAACUUUCACAUCUCAUUUUGAAGGUUCUCUAUGUUUUAUCCCAGAAAAGGUCAAAUUAUAUACAGGAAGUAAUUGCACACACAAGCACAGACAGAUUUUGGCCUGAAUUAUAUUCAGAGAUAUUAUGCUGUAAACACAACCUUUUAGAAAAUGAAAUGGACUUACUGUGAACACAAGGCGAAAGGAGGUAAAGAAACAUACAGCCUCAUAGCCACAUUAGACUUAGAUUUACCUACAACACAACAAAAAAGACACGUCAGUAAUUAAUGGUUUCCUACACUUCUUUCAAUAUCGAUAAAAGCGUAAUUCAUGUUCUUUUUUAUGUUCUAAUAAGCUUCCAAUUUUUUUUAUACAGUUGCAGAUUUGCAACUGGAAUAUUGCAAAUAUUAUGAAUGGUUCCACAAUAAUCAUUAAGAGAAAUGCUUUAGGUCAGAGACAUAAAAUGAAUGUUCUGGAAAACUCAAUUUCAUGGGACAUGGGAUGCAAUAAUAAAAUCAGUAUACAUUUACUAUAUUGCAACUCACAGAUAAUACUUUAUAUGUUAAUAUAUUCUUAUUUUGUUUCUUUCAAAUACUGUAUGUCUCAAAAAAGUGCUUUUUCAAGGGGAACACAUUUUUGGGUUAAUUUUGUCCAUUAGUUUUGGACCAGAUUGUAUUUUAGCAUAAAGUGUAGGACUGUAUUUUGUUUUAUAUUACUCUGUGUACCUCUGUGUAAAGAUGACCUGAAAGAGGCAGUACAAUGUGUGUACAGAAAGCUUCUUCUUAAGUUACCAAUUUACAGAUUUAGGCAGCGUUGGACUUUUGUCAGACCAACAGCAGGAAUGUUGAUGCAGUGCAUCUUUGAUGUGAAUAAUCGAUAUUUAUUAGACAGUGGUGUGCAUAUUUAUUUAGAUACUUUACUCGAAAGGGAGAUAUUGACUUAUUUAUUUAAACAAAUCCCAGCUUGUGCCAAAUGUAUUUUCUAACAAAUCUACUAUUCCUAAGUAACUGCUGAAUAAACAUACUCAGCUUUACAAAAAAAAUUAAUGUCUCCUUUUCAUUCCAUUGCAUCCACACCCCAAGUGUUCUUUCUCUGUUCCUGAAGAUUGCAACCUGAUGGUGGACUGCAUUGCCUCAACAACAAAAUAAUAAUCAUGGCGUAAACAAAUGUCCGAGCCCCAAAGGAACAUGCUUUUAGAAAUCUUUG